CUGGAGGCGGAAGCUGUCACAUAAACAGAAGAGAAGCAGAAGAGGAGGACAACACUUCUUCUUCUGCUGCUGUAAAUGUACCGUCUAUUCGCCCUGUUUUCUGUGUGUAUUGUACACGAGUGUGUGCUCAGUCAUGGCCUCCAGAGACACCAGCUUCCUAGGAGGCAGGAUACCACCGGAAAUUGAGUCUAUGUCGAAAAGCCUGAAGGAUGUGGACCACGAAAUGUUCAGAAGAAUUUUGAAAGCUGUGGUCAGUGCCCUGGAGGGGAAGGACAGCAGGGACGUGAUGAAGGCGAUAGCAGAGAGCAGCACCAUCCCACAGGAGAGACUCAGUCACAUCAUAGCCGGCAUGUACCGAGUGCUGUCCGAGGCCAUCCGCAUCCCCACAUCGUCGCUCAAACAGGAGGCCUUCAAAGAUGAUCUCAGAGAAUUAAGGAUACCUGAAGACUUUAUCACAGAUUUCUCCAGUGUGGUGUUUGGAAAUCGACGUGCAGCUCUAGAGGAAGCGACCUCCCAGAAUGAUCCUCACCUACCCACAAUAGAAGACUUUAAAUGGAGAGUGGAUGUUGCCAUUUCUACAAGCUCUUUAUCCAGGGCUCUGCAGCCUUCUGUACUGAUGCAGAUGAAACUGUCAGACGGGAGUUUAAGUCGCUUUGAGGUGCCUGUGUCUAAGUUCCAGGAGCUCCGUUACAACGUGGCGUUGAUUCUCAAAGAAAUGAACAAUCUGGAGAAAAGGAGCAUUCUCCAAAUCCAAGACUAAUGCACCAUGUGGGGGUUUUAGGAAAUCAAACCGUCUUUUCUACUUGACUUUAAGUUUGUGAGAUUUUAUGGAAAUUUACUGCUCACACACACACACACACACACACACAUGUGCUCUGUGAGCGUUUGCAUCCAACAGUGUCAAGUGAUAAGAACAGCGCAGGAAGGAUCGUCAUCAGGCUGCACCACAUGAAUAAAGACCAGACUGUUUUCUGUGUUUCAGCCUGUGUGUAAAACAAAUCUAUAAAUCAGACUGUAUCGUUUGUUUACUUGACUUUGGUUGUUAUCACUUUAAAUUUCCAUUAUUCAGUUUAGUCAACAGUAUAUCUGAGACGGCUGCAAGUGCAGCCAAGUGAAAUCUUAGACACUCUCACUUGGCCACUUAGACAGGCGUCAUGUGAUCUGCUCUUUUGAUUUAGACUGAAAUUCGGUUCAGAUGCUCCUGAAAUUUGAGAACGAAGAAAGUGUUAUGUUUUCAUGUUUUUAUACAUGGGACAGAAAAAAAGCACUGUUGUAUAAAAAGUUAAAUGAUGAUUGUCCUGUUAUUUCUUACGUGUUUUUCAUGAUAACAUCAAGAAUGUUUACAUCUGUAACCACAUUUACCUAAUAAAAUCGAUCUGUUAUUGUCUUUGCAAAGAACAGAUUAUGUGCUUUUGA